AUUAGAAUAGAUCAUCAUAGCACAACCAAGAAGAGUUGUGAAUAUCCUUGAGAGAUAUGUGAGGUGUUGUUUUGAGAGUUUUUAGUUAGAGCUUGUAUGUCUCUUCUUUCUAUUCUUGAAAGUAAUAGAAGUGUUUUUCUCUCAUAUUAGCACGAUCCCGUUAUUCCUAACAAGUGGUAUCAGAGCCUGGUUGAGCUUUUGAUAAUUUUCCCAGAUUUUGUCAGACAAAAUUCUACUGUCUGAAAAAUCAAGUUUUUCAGUAUUUCUCGGAAUUGCAAUCUUAAUAUAUCGUUGGAUUCGUCUCAUCGUGACGAGAAAACUGGUAUGUUUGGGGAAUUUUUUGGCCACCAGAAGCUGCCGUACGCGCCGCCAAACGCCGGCGAAAAACUGCCUGCGUCAUCACGCGCAGUACGCGCAGUCCAGAGGUAGAAGACGGCUGACGUCAUCGAUGACAUCAUCAGCCAGCCAGAGCUGCAUCAGCGACACGUCAGCGCCACGAGUGCAGUCCCAGUACAGUCAGCUGCCACGUCACCAGUCCACUGCCAUCUUCCACCAGCGCUCAGUCAGCUGCCACGUCAGCGCCACAUCACUACCACGUCACCUGCCACGUCACCCGUCAGUUUUUAAAUUUUGAAAAAUUGCAGUUUGGUCCCUCAUUUUUUGAAAAAAUAUAAUUUCGGCCCAUAAUUUUUCGAAAAUUGUAUUUUUACCCCGAAAGUGCCUACCCACCAUUUUCGGUCGUUCCGGACGCAACAGUGCUGCCCGUUUUUCGAAAUUCUUCUCCGAUAUUUCUCAAACAGAAAAUCAAAAUUAUUUAGAAGGUGAAAAUGACCUUUGACGAGUCAACUUCAUCUUUCGGAGCUAUGAUUAUGCUCACGGAUACCAACUACACGCUCUGGAAACCUCGGAUGGAAGAUUUCCUUAGCUGUAAAGACCUUUUUGAUCCAAUAGAGAUGAAAGGUAUUAAUCCUGACCCGGCCAAGUCAACGGAGUGGAAGAAAAUUAAUAGAAAAACUGUUGUUCAAAUCCGACAAUGGAUUGACCAUAGUGUCUUCCACCAUGUUGCACAAGAAACCGAUGCUUUAAACAGUCCAGUAGUACCCCCGCGAGUCUUUUCUUCCUCCCGUAGCGCUCAACUCACUCUUAAAUUCUUUCUCCCUCUUGUUCUAUCGUCGGCCAAGGGUUUUAAUUAAGAUGGUUUAUGGCACUGGUUUUUGGAUGGACCGAGGUGUUCACCUGUUCAUUGUUCAAGUUUCAUAUUGGUAUGGACGGAUGAGCUGAUUUAAGUGGAAGGGCAAAAUAGAAUUUCUUAUUAUUUUGGGGCUGUAAAUAGUGAUUUGGGGGCUGCAAAUAGAAUACCCUUAAUCGAAUGCUAUUGU